AUGAAAAUGGAAGUUGAACCAAUAAGUCAAGAAUUUGAAUUAGAUUCCGAAGUUGAUAUUUGUAAUGUUUUUGUAAAAUAUUUACCAUGUAAUUUUUCAGAAAAAGAAUUAUAUGAUCUAUUUGAACAAUUUGGAGAAAUUGUAAAUACAAAAGUUAUGGUUAAUAUUAAAACUGGAAAUAGCUUAGGAUAUGGAUUUGUAAGAUUUUUAAAUCCAGAAAAUGCUUGUGAAGCAAUUAAAAAUAUGAAUAGAUAUCAAGUUGGAUAUAAGACACUUUUAUGUAAAUUAUCGAAACCAUCAAAUUCACCACCAGUGUCUCCAUUUGUAGGUAACAAUGGAAAUGGUGGUAUUAGUUGUUGUGUACCAGAUUCAAAUGGUGGUGCAACUACUUCACCAUCCCAAACUGAACAACAAAGAGAUCCAUCAAAUACUCUUUAUGUUAGAGUAUUAUCACCAACAAUUACUGAUGCAAUUUUAAACUCAACAUUCUCUCAAUUUGGUGAAGUUAUUGAGGCUCAAGUUUUAAUUGAUGCCAGUAGUGGAAAAAGUAAGAGAGCCGGCGUUAUUAAAUUCUCAAAUAUUCAUUAUUCAACAAAUGCUUUACAAUCAAUGUCUGGUUCUUUAAUUUUAGGUGAAACUCCUUUAGUUGUUAAGUAUGCACCUAAUGGUAAAAAACAAUCAAUUCAAAUUCCUUAUUUAUCAUUAUCAAAUUCAUCUAUAUCAUCAACAUCUUCUUUAACACCAAGUCCCACAACUAACUCAAUUUCUUCUUUAACAAAUAUUCCAAAUCGUUCAUCUUCUCCAAAUCAACCUCAACGUCCAUCAUCUCCACAACCACAAAAAUAUAAUAAUAAUCAAUCAUCUCAACAACUACAACAACAGCAGCAACAAUCAAUACAACCAAUAUCAAUUCCACAACCACCACAAUCAAUUCCACAACCACCAUUACCAUCAAUUCCUCCACCACCACAAUAUUCAUAUGUUUAUCAAGGUGAGCCAUAUCAAGGUUAUUAUGCAUCACAAGAAUAUAAUUCAAAUUCAUACUCAAAUAAUUAUUAUGAUCAUUAUUCAAAUGGUGUUUACUCAACAAAUGGGGAAUUACAUUCCACUUCCCCACAACAAAGUUAUUCAUGGCAACCAACUGAUCAAAAUUAUUACGUAUAUCCAACAGCAACAUCAUAUUAUUAUCAUCAUCAUCAUCAUAUUCCACAACCACAACAACCAAUUGUAUACGCACAACAAUACCAACCUCAACAACCACAACAACCGCAACAACAAUCACCACCAUCCUCACCAAAAUAUACUAAAACUAUAAAUAAUAAUUCAGUUUCAAUUUUGGUUUGCACAUUUAAAGGAAGUUUAGAAUAUUCAAAUUUAAUCCAGAUUUUUUCAAAAUAUGGAGAUUUAAAAAGUAUAAAUAUAAAUAUAAAUCCAAAUAGUAACAAAACAAAAUGUUUCAUAUCUUUUAAUAAUGCAGAAAAUGCAAUUUUAGCUCAACAAAAUCUUGAUGGACAAAAAAUUCAAGGAAAUCAAUUUAUCCGAGUCAAAUUCUUAUCUCUAAAUUAA